GUUUCAGUGGGAGCAGAUGCGAGCUGUGUUGAUGAAAUAUUAAAGGAAAUGACUCAGGUCUGGCCUCCUCCACUAACAGCCAUUCACACGCCCUGCAAGACAGAGCUGUCAAAGUUUCCUUUCUCCACCUCCAAGGAUGCCCAGCACCUGUCUUUUGGGGCCCAAAAAAAACUCUCAGGAAAGAGCGCAUCCACCAGUCAGCCAUCUAAGCCCUCCGACAACGAGCAGUCCAACACACUGCAUGAAGAUCUGAAGCUCAGCAGCAGCGAAGACAGUGACGGAGAGCAAGAUCCUGCCAAAAACCCCUCGACAAGUAACAACGGUAAUAACAGCGAGGCUCCUGAACAAGUGGACACCAGCAGUCACAGCGGUUCGGAGAGCAGCUCCGGUUCUGACAGCGAGAGCGAGAGCAGCUCUACAGACAGUGAGAACAACGAGCCACCUCGUCCUGCAUCACCCGAGCGGGAACAGCCCACGGCUAACAAAUGGCAGCUGGACAACUGGUUCAAGAAAGUCAACAAGUCGUCCCCUGCUUCUCCGGUGGAGAAUAGCAGCACGACGCCAACAAAGCAUAAGAAAGAGGGGCGAGGAGAAAACUCCAGCAGGGUCUACAGUGGCUCAGGUUCAAAAGACGCGGCGCCCUCUGCCGGGCGAGACCUUCGGCCAAACCAGAAGGGGCAAGACAGGCGAAGUCAGAGGUCUCCCGCUCAGAGCGAGGGGGGAAGUCAGAAGGGGCGGCGACUGGAGGUGGGCAAGAAGCAGCCUAAAAAGCCAGACAAGCCACCUGUGGUGGAGGAGCCAAAGGGUGGGCUCAAGGUGGAGACCGAACCCUCGCCCGAGAUCCCGUCGCACAGAGUCCGUGCUCCCAACAAGGGCCUCCGCAAGCCCAACAUCAAGAAGGAGCCCAAAACCUCCUCCCCUCGCCCGGCGCAAGACAAACGCAAGAAACCGGCCAGCAAGUCGCGUGAGUUCAUAGAAUCCGAUUCGUCAUCGUCGGACUCGGAGGGCAACGAAAGCGUCCCCUCGUCUUCACAGACGCCGAGAGAGCAGUAUGCUGAGAACCCGUCUGUCCUGUUCUCGCCUAUGCUUUCCCCGCUGAGCGAUCAAGAAGGGAGGCUGCCGCCCAGACUGCUGGUGCAGAUCGACCUCAGUCUGCUGUCCAGAGUGCCUGGUCGAGUCUACAAGGAAACCGAGGUGAAAGCGGAGAGGGGCUCCCCUGCUGAAGGAAAAGACUUGCAGAAACAGCCGGGAGAAAAGGGAGCCAGCAAGGGGAAGAGAAAACACAAGAAUGAUGACGAUGGUCUCAAACCAGACGGUAAGAAGUCCAAACAGGAUGAAAAGUCGUCACACAAAUCGAACAGUAAAGACUCGUCUAAGCGUGCUCAGGACAAAGAAAAGGAGUCUGCGCCCUCUCCUUCGAUUACGCUGCAGCGGACGCCCAAAUCAGAGCACCAGGGCCGCAAGCGGACGCUCAGCCAGUCCUCCGCCUCUGUACCCAGCAGCGGCAGCAGCAAGAGCAGCUCCAACUCCAAACACCGUAAAGGUGACGACAAGCCCCUACGCAGGGAUGCCAAGGUGUGUUUGCACUUGUCAUCCUCCCCUUUUUACAAAUAUACACACACAAACACAGGCCAACAUGAGAAGACCUCAGGCUCUCUCAAAGACUAGUUGCUGGAUGCUGCCAGUGUGUACUG